AUGGCCUCGAUGAUCCUGCUUUCAAAGUUUGGCACCACCGAGUCCAUCCACUACGAGACGUCAACGUCGUAUGCCGAGGUGCUUGAAACCAUUACCGAUGACUCGGAGACGACUGUGGCGACCGUAACCCAGGUGGUGACAGCGCCAACCAAUCCGGCUCCUUCGGACAAGAAGAAGAGGGGCCCGGGUGAUAAAAAACGUAGAUGCGUGCCGGCCCUGUCGUCUCCUGAUGUUUUUGUGACCACGACAAUACCCGCCGCGCCCUUGGUCGAAACCGUCACCGAAAGCAGCGCAAUCCCUUCCAUUUCCACGUCCACUGUUACCGUCAUUGUGUCGAGCACCGUCGUUGUGCCUGCCACCACCACCCUCGCUUCAACGACCACAGGCCUGUACCAAAAGACUACCACCGUCACAUCGACCACAACGCCGGUCGCGCCCACUCAGACAGCAUACCUCGGCGUGACCGGCAUGCCCCCAGGUUAUUACGUCGCUGCCGUCAAUGGCUACUUCACGAUCAACUCCGCCACUGCCCAGGCAUCACCGUUCGGUCUCAUCACCGCCGGUGGCCAGCCCUUCCCCCCCAGCAACCCGAGCGUGAAGUGGUUCGUGCAGCCGACGACUACGUACUUUGGCGUCAUGAUAUUGUCCACGGAUGCUCAGGCGUCCGUGUCCAACCUUGAACGCCGUCACCUGUACUAUCAACUCGGGCGUCGUGUCGUGCAUGGCGCCAUUGAAGCUGGGCUUCGACACCAUGUACAGGCGGGCUGCACCAAGGCUAAUUUCAAGAUGUCGUCUCCUUAG